AUGGUCUUCAACCGGUCAUGGGGUCUGGUUUCUCGGCCUCCGUACCGCCCUAGCCUUAUCCUGGUGCCCUCGGCAUUAAUUGACAUAUGGCUCUUGGAGAUCGAGAGGCACUUCGGCGACGCGACCGUCCGGGUGUUCUAUGGUGUCAAAGCCCGCAACGGCGAUUCCGAGCGCAAGCUGCUCAUGCUCGAACCAAGUCUCCUGGGCCAUACCGUCAUCCUGUCGUCCUAUAUCACCUGGGCCGCGCGUACCACGACCGAGGUUGACGAAGACAGCCACCCUACGAACCGUGCCCCAAGUCCGGAGAUCGACCUAUUGGUCAUCGAUCUCACUGUUACCGACGCCCUCGUGGAUGAAGACAUAUCUGAACCCGAUGACUCGUUUGAGCCAUUACCUGUCGCGAACACAAGAUGGGAGAUCCUCGAAAGCACCGUUCUGGGGCCACCUUCUUGCUACCGACGGCUGGACCGUUAG